UACAUAAAAAAAACCAGCAGCAUCGUCCUUCUGAAAUCCGAGAGAGAAGAGCCAAGGAGAAGAUUUUAAUCAGUCGCCAAACAAGAAAAAGAUGCAGAUCUUCGUCAAAACCCUCACCGGAAAAACUAUAACCCUAGAGGUCGAGAGCAGCGAUACCAUCGACAAUGUCAAAGCCAAAAUCCAGGACAAAGAGGGUAUACCACCUGAUCAACAAAGGCUCAUCUUUGCUGGUAAGCAACUCGAAGAUGGCCGAACCUUGGCUGAUUACAACAUCCAGAAAGAGUCUACUCUUCAUCUUGUCUUGAGGCUCAGAGGUGGUACCAUGAUCAAGGUCAAGACUCUCACUGGAAAAGAAAUCGAGAUUGAUAUCGAACCAACCGACACUAUUGAUCGUAUCAAGGAACGUGUUGAAGAGAAAGAAGGCAUCCCUCCUGUUCAACAAAGGCUCAUCUAUGCGGGAAAACAGCUUGCUGAUGACAAAACGGCCAAAGAUUACAACAUAGAGGGUGGCUCCGUUCUUCAUUUGGUUCUUGCUCUUAGGGGUGGUCUUCUCUGAUCUGAAUAAAUAAGAUUCAACCGAACAUCUUCGUUCUCUCUCUAUUUUCCUUCUGAUGUGGAAUUCAUGACAUAAAAAUGGAUAUGGAAAUUGGAAUGUUAUAAUAUGAUAUUUCUCUCUGCUUGUGUUUGGAUCA